AUGGGUUCUAAAAAUGCCCCGCCGGGCAACAGAUCACGGAGGCCUUUGUCAAUUUUCGCUGUGCUUGCUCUGUGUUGUACGUUUUAUCUUUUGGGAGCAUGGCAAAGAAGUGGUUCUGGAAAGGGAGAUAGUCUUGCGUUGAAGGUAAAUAAGAUGCAUACAGACUGCAACAUUGUGCCGAAUUUGAGUUUUGAACCCCGUCAUAAAUAUGUAGAUAUUGUUGAAUCAUCUGAACCAAAAGCUAAAAAGUUUAAAGCGUGUGAUGUAAAAUAUACUGAUUAUACACCUUGCCAAGAGCAAGAUCGGGCAAUGACGUUCCCGAGAGAAAAUAUGAUUUAUAGGGAAAGACAUUGUCCGCCUCAAGAGGAGAAGUUGCGUUGCCUUAUUCCUGCUCCUGAUGGGUAUACGUCUCCUUUUCCUUGGCCUAAAAGCCGUGAUUAUGUCUACUAUGCUAAUGUACCGUAUAAGAGUUUGACAGUGGAGAAGGCUGUUCAAAACUGGGUGCAGUUUCAAGGAAAUGUGUUCAAAUUUCCAGGUGGAGGAACCAUGUUCCCUCAAGGAGCAGAUGCUUACAUUGAUGAACUUGCAUCGGUUAUUCCAAUUGCAGAUGGUACUGUCAGAACAGCGUUGGACACUGGUUGCGGAGUUGCAAGCUGGGGAGCAUAUUUGCUAAAGAGAAACGUGAUUGCUAUGUCCUUUGCUCCAAAGGAUAACCACGAAGCACAAGUUCAGUUUGCACUGGAACGAGGGGUACCUGCUAUUAUUGGAGUUCUUGGUACAAUCCGUCUUCCAUUCCCAUCAAGAGCCUUUGAUAUGGCUCAGUGUUCUCGAUGUCUAAUACCAUGGGCUUCAAAUGAUGGCAUGCAGCUAAAGGAAGUCGAUCGGGUUUUAAGGCCUGGUGGAUAUUGGAUUUUGUCUGGCCCUCCGAUUAAUUGGAAAACGUACUACCAAACCUGGAAGCGAUCGAAGGAGGAUCUGAAGGCAGAGCAGAAAAAAAUUGAGGAUUUAGCCGAAAGUCUUUGCUGGGAAAAGAAGUAUGAAAAGGGUGAUAUCGCUAUCUGGAGGAAGAAAAUAAAUGCUAAAUCCUGUCAAAGAAAGUCUCCCGAUUUAUGCGAUUUAGAAAAUGCUGAUGACGUUUGGUACAAAAAGAUGGAAGCCUGCAAAACCCCUAUCCCUGAGGUAACCAGCAAAACUGAAGUUGCAGGAGGGGAAUUGAAGAAGUUUCCUGCUAGGCUUUUCGCAGUUCCUCCUCGAAUAGCUAAAGGCCUUGUUCCAGGCGUAAAAACUGAAUCUUAUCAAGAGGAUAACAAAUUAUGGAAAAAGCGUGUUACCAAUUACAAAAGAAUUAAUAGAUUGAUCGGUACCACUAGAUAUCGAAAUUUGAUGGACAUGAAUGCAGGCCUUGGAGGAUUUGCAGCUGCACUUGAAUCACAAAAAUCUUGGGUGAUGAACGUUGUCCCCACAAUUGCUGACAACACUUUAGGUAUUAUAUACGAAAGAGGUUUGAUUGGCAUUUAUCAUGACUGGUGUGAAGGCUUUUCUACAUACCCAAGGACAUAUGAUCUUAUUCAUGCUAAUGGUUUAUUUAGUUUGUACCAGGACAAGUGCAACCUAGAAGACAUCCUUCUAGAGAUGGACCGAGUAUUGAGGCCCGAAGGAUCAGUCAUAAUCCGCGACGAAGUAGAUGUCCUUAACAAGGUUAACAAAAUUGUUGGAGGCAUGAGAUGGGAAGCUAAAAUGAUGGAUCAUGAGGAUGGUCCACUUGUGCCUGAGAAGAUAUUGGUGAUUGUUAAAGAGUAUUGGGUUGGCACUAGUAAAAACAACACAUCUAGUUAA